AUGUCACCCAUUCUUCCCCAAAACCAAGACGAUACCAAUCCCACCCAACCUAGUACGGUCCCCGAUUCUCAAGUCCCCGCCAAUGCCGUGCAUAAGGUGCUCGACACAAUCAUGAGUCAGGUCGAAGAUAACGCGACCCAGGUGCUAUCUCCUUCUCAUUUCGAAUCCCUCAUCAAUAGAAGCCGCAGCGCGAGACUCCCUAAUGGCCAGCAGGAGACCCAGAUGACAUUGAAUGAGGGGGACGAUGGACAUGUUGACCUGUUGUCUUAUUUCGACCGACCUCAUAAUCAACACGAUCCAGACCUCGACACCGAACCUGUUCAAGUCGACUUCUCUCCGAGCCAGUCACCACAGCCCCUGUCUCAAUUCCCGGAAUCACAGCGUUUUAAGACACCGGUUACGGUGGGCAAAAAGAGAAGAUACAAUGGAGAUUUCGUCGACAGCCCAGAAUUGCCACGCAAUCCUCUUCAAAAUGUGGGCCAUGUCAUAGGUCUCAGUCAGGCUUUUGCCGCUACUCAAGCAGAUACUUCCCCUUUCACGACCAACAUCGCUUUACCCUCGGAUCGUCCAUCUCCAAACAUUAAAUUACGACCGAGACCAGUCACCGUCACCUCGUCUCCUAUGAGAUUGAUCUCAGAUUUCCCCAGAGCCUCUACCGAACCCGCGACUCGCUAUGUAUCUUCAAAAGAAUCUCAGGCUAGAAGAGAAAAGCUAGCUAGAAUACAGUUGUUAAAAGACUCUUCUAGCGUCGCUGACGGUUCUGACGACGAAUUUGAUGACAGUAUCUCAGCCGCGGAUAGGAGAACACGUGAAAAGAAUACAAAGACCAAAGCUGCCUUUGAGACUGUUUCGUCGCCGACUAAGAAAAAGCAUUCCACGCCGGCGAAAAAACCUUCCCCUAUUCGUCCGACGGAACAGAGACCAAAGACCAUGCUUGCCGCCUCUUCUCACCGAGUGAUACACCCGAGUUCUCCACAGAGUGAGCUGGAAAAUGACAGCGAGGCCGAAACAGACCAGGAAGAUAACACGGACAUUGCAGUCACGAGAUCAAGUCAGGGAUAUGAAGCUUUGGAUGGCGAGGACAAAGAAAACUUGUCAGAGGUGGGGGGUCAAGUGCCAGAAACCACGGCAAGAUUACAACAUGCCCUCAUUGGAUCAUCACUACGAAUCCAAGAUAGUCCUUUACCGAGACCUCGUUUGAAUCAUCGGACCUCUAACCGACAAUUUGGGGAUAGUUCGCAACCGUCUGCAGUGGCUAAUUCCCAGCCAUCUCAGACAAAGAAGAGAGAAAGUGAACAUGCUCAGAAUCCAAAAUCGAGUGGACGGGACGGGGUUGAGUUUGUUUCACAGUCUCCAACCAUGUCGCAAACAGAAGAAGAGGAGGUUAACACACGUGCGCUACCGAAAAUGGAUUCUGCACUCCCUCAUGUCAUCCAGCCAUCGUCUCAAAGAUUCCAACUUGGACGAAGAAGCACCGUCCCUGAAACCAGUUCCAAUGAGAGGGAUGUACAACAUACCAUCCGCUCGGAGCACAACCAAAGUGGAGUCAAUACCAGUUCGACUGAAUUCGAUACCGCACGAUCACGACCGCGUCCGUCUACGAACAACUCACAACGAGACAUUGAUCUAAGCAGUCCGCCACCUUCAGCUACUCCUCCUGGUGUCGAAAGGGUGCGUUUGCAGGAUGUUGAGGCGAUACAAUCACCCCAGAAAUCUCAAUCGCAAGGUGUUUUUAGCAUAAGUGAUCUAUUUGGAGGUGAUCAUGAACAAGGUGAAUUUGGGGGGAGCCAGCUUAGUGUGCACGACUUUCACGCAGCUGUUUCGCCACCAUCCCCAGUCUCUCCGUCGGUAAAACAAACUGGUUAUGCUGAGUUGGACGAGGCGGACGAUGUUUCGACGGAAAGGCAGAAAACUCCACAGGAGCAGGCUGAGCCCGUAUUGGAGACUCCACUAAUGGUGGCAACGUCAAAAUAUUCUCGAAGGACACGCAAACCCUCGACAAAACUUCUCAGUGCACUCAAGGACAAACCCGUGUCGGAGAAAAGGGUUGAAUCCUCGCGAUGGGAAAUAGGAGCUUCACCUCCACCAAAAGCAGUUCCGGUGUUCAGGUCUAUCGCUUCGACGCCCAAGUCAGGGAAUCCAAAAUCCUUACGCAAGGUUAAAUCGUUGAAAAAACGGACACCUGGUCCAGAAGUCAUUGAUACCUCUACCAAAGCCGCUCAAAAUACGACGCAAGUACAUGACGAACCUGCCCACGAGACUGUUCCAACUCCAUCUCCUCCAUCUGCAGCAUACGAAUCCGCCCAUCAAAUCGAAGCCUCGAACACGGCACUGGAGCCAAAGGCCAUAAAAGGCUCCAGGAUUGAAACUGAUAACGUCGAACCUGAUAGUCGACCAAGCGCGGCACUUGAUCAUACACUAAUACGGAGUCAGGACAAACAAAUCGAAUCACAUACUGAAUCCCCACGAGAUAGACGUCCUCAAACGCCGCAAGUUGAGACCAGCACUGAUCCGGGUAGACCAACUGCAGGUCCUCCAGAAGCAGGAGCCACGCCAACACCAUCGGCACCAGCAGCGGCACCAGCCCGGGCAGCACCAAACAUGGUAUUCGCCUGCUUCAACGGCAAGACCAAAGCCUACUAUCCCGCACGAUGCGUAGGAAUGGCCGGAUCUGACACGAAAAGAUUUCUAAUCCAAUGGGAAGGGUAUGAUCCACAGGAUAUUGACGAAUAUGGCCUCUGUAGUCUGGAAGUUCGGACCGGCGACCUAGUCAAGAUCAACCUGGAAGGGUUUCCCAAACUACCUCACGUGGUACGAGGGUUGAAGACCCACCAUGGUGAACGCAAAGCAUCCAGCGGAACGAAAAUGUCACCCUCCAUGACCGACGUGUACGGCCAUGAUACUGUCCUGGUCGCGCCAAAGCAACGCAAGAGUCUUCCGGUCGAUAUCUCUACCGACUCUGUCAAAGAAGUCCCUGUGUCGGCUCUGUAUCUCGACAGUAAUAUGUGGCGGCAAAUGAAGGAUCGUCCUUAUGAGUAUAAGCUUGAGGACGACCUGUCCACAGGACUACCGCUGCUCGGAGGUACUUCCACACCCGCGCAACGGUCAUCCACGCCCACGACACCGACAUCACGGCACCGUCGAUCCACUCUCCUUCCUACAGCGGGAACCGUUCCUCAUCCACCUCCAACCCUCUAUUCCACAACCUCCACAACCUCCACCACACCCCAUACCUCACCAGGUCUAUUCCACAACAUGGCAUUCGCCAUCUCACACGAAGAAGAGCGGAAAGAACAAUUAGAGCUUCUGAUCGAACAGCACGGCGGAAAAGUCCUCUCGACAUCGUUUGCUGACUUGGUUGACUCCACCACCAUGGAACUACAAUCUCAGUACGCAAACCUAGAAUUCGCCGCUCUAUUGACAGACCAACAUUCGCGUAAGGUCAAGUACAUGCAAGCUUUGGCAUUGGGGUUGCCUUGUUUGAGUGAUAAGUGGAUUGAUGCAUGUAUUGAACAUAUUGAACAUGGGAGUGACAACGUCAGAGAAGAUGAUGAUGAUGAUGAUGAUGAUGAUGGUGACAGCAAUACAACCCCUCAUCCCUCCUCCACUAUCGUCGACUGGCACCCCUAUCUCCUCGCCGCGGGCAAAAGCGACGCUUUGGAUAAUGCGAUCAAAUCACGGAGUCUACCUUUUGGAUCGGCGACAGUUGAACAAAUGGUUGCCACACGACCGAAUCUCCUCGGCGGGGCGAAUGUGGUGUUUAUUACCGGCAAUGGAGGUAGCGGCAAGAUUACCAAAGCGGUCGAGACGGCCCAGCAACAUCAUUUGUUCUUUGUCAGGGCCAUGGGUGCGGGUGUUGUCCAUCUCCAUUCGGAUCUCAAGGCGGCGGCGGUUAAAGCUGGUUUGGUAGGUGGAGACCGCAACGGUUAUCAACAUCCGCCGGUCAAGUAUUGUUUUGUGCAGGAUCGUGCUGCUGUUGGGGCGGCGAGGAAGAUGUUGCAACAACAGGAGCAACAGCAUCAACAGCAGUUGGAGAAAGGGAAGAGGAAGGGCAAGGGGAAAGGGACUUCCAAGUCGGUUGGUCAACUUCGUGAAAACAGAUCUAUUGGUCCCAGUGUGACGAUCUUGUGUAACGAAGACAUCAUCCAGAGUUUGAUCUGGGGUCAGUUGUGGAUUAAAUGA